AUCCAAACAAAAAAAAAAACCUAAAAAACUAGAAAACCAACAUUUCAAAAUAAACCUUAAAAAAAAAGCUCACAGCCAGCCACCAUUUUAGACGGUCUCUUCACUUCUUCCACAUUUUUCCUCUACAACACUCCUCCAAGCAAACCAUCAUCAUUCUCAACACCUCUGUAAUUGGUAAAAGUAUUUACAUUAUAAGCGAUUUUACUCGCUAUUAUGGUUGUUCCCUUAAUGGAUCAACACAAGUUUGAAAUACCUUUCCAUUUUUUUCUUCCAUAUUUCUUUAAAAACCCAGAACCCAAUCAUUAAGUCUCUUAAAAAAAAAAAAAAAAAAGAGCCAGCCUCCCCAUUUUCAGGUCCUCCGAAAGAUUUAACCAGAGAACCUUCAAUAUGCUCAACCACCGCCUUGCUUAUUGACUUCAACGGCCCUUACAACUUUACAAGAGAGACCAGAACUGAGAUACGUAUUUUCAUUUUCCUUUAAACCUUCUUUUUCUAAUAGAUGUGCUACUUUAUUUUUUUUUUGUCUCCUUGCAUGUCGAAAAUCACAAGUAAUAAAGUUACUGCAUAAGAUUUUAGUAUCAACAAUAUACGCUCUAAUUUCAGAUCCAUCUUCCUCCUCACUUUGUAAUUUUUUAAUGAUAGCUAACGUAUCACCCUCGAUUUCAACUCGUAAGAAUCUAGACUCUGCCACCAAAUCUAAUUGCCUGGACGCAUGCGAGAGCUUCUACUGUGAACACCGUUGCGUCAAAAUUGAUUUUGACAUUCAAGUCGUCUGGUGGGCUCCAAUUCUCAUUAGCUACUAUGUUGACAGGGGGCAUCCAAUUCCUAACCUUGUCCAUACACCUGCUGCAAAAAAAAAUGUUGAAAUACAUGUUCUCUUGUUUCAUCACUGUUUCUGCUUCUUGGGCAAAUCGCUGAAUCCCGUAUUCUGCGUUGAUAUAGAUUUGAAAAAGUAGGUAGAAAAUUAUUUAAGAUCUUCCAUACCAGAAUUUUUGUUUUAGAAGGCAAGGCCAUCUUCCAUAAUUCUUUGUACAUGGGUUUGUAAUAAUUUUGGUUUUGUUAUAAAUUUGUUGAUCUUUCAAUCUGUAUUAAA